CACCGCCAUAUUGGAAAAAUGUUUGGAGACUCGUUUGAACUGAACUGACAGGUUGAAGGCUGCAGUCUAAUGAAAAAAGUACAAAAUGCCGUUACCCCCGGCGUUACAGGCUCGACUUGCUAAAAGAGGAAUAAUCCAAAAAGGUAAAAAAAUAUUGAUUGUAUGAUCUACAAAGAACUUCGAGUCGACAGAGUGCCGAGAGUGGAAUUGAAAAGUUCACGCGUUAAAAAGCAACAGAUCUCAUCAUCAUCAUUCGUUGAGCUUGCUUAUUUAAGCAAUGUCGUUUGUUUUUACUAACUAGCUAGACACAACAUUUGAUUUUUGACGUCAUGGUUAGAUGGCUAGUUUCUGGUUAUUAUUCACCCUAGCUAAGGGCUUUAAACUCUAGAACAGUUGCAAGCCCCACAAAAGGUGGGUAACGCCAUCCACUGGGUAAAUCUCUAUUCAGUGAAUAGCACAGUUAGUUUCCCUAAUACCUCUCCGCUGGACAGAGAUUUAUCCAGUGGACAAAGUUAUCCAAUGUUUGAACAACUGAGAAGUAAAUUUACAGUCAUCGAUCUUCAUCAUGUCUAUCACCAGGGGCCCAUAAAAACUGUGUUGCCAUUUGCUUAUUGUAAUAGUUUCAAAUUCAUAAGAAAUGUGUGUGAAGAUUGAUUGAUUAGUAAGCUUAUCAUGAAAUACUGAAAUGGAUAGGUCAGUGUUGUUUGAAACCAGUUUUUCCUAUUUUUCUCAGUGUGCGUGGUAUUUGGUAAAAACUGCUGACUUAUGAUUCAGAUCUCAAAGGGUGUUAUCCACCACGAUCUGCAUAAUCCUGUAGACCAAACUUAGCCUCACCAGAUAGCUGUUACAGUAAUAAUUAAAUCUUCCCUGCAGUAUUCCACAGAUUUGAUCAACAUUCCAGUACAUUUGUUAUAAAUUUAAAACAAGCAAAUGAAAACAGUUUUUGUAGACCUCCAGACCUCCAGUGCUUCUAUAACCUAGACACAGGGGUUUCAAUAAAAAUUGAAGUAGCCAGCAAGUUUGAAUAGAGUACUCGACUGUAUCAACAAGAGGGCAUUAAUCGAGUGCCUCUAGAGGGGUCUGGGGGCAUGCUCCCUCUGAAAAUUUUGAAAUUUCAAAGCCCUAAAUUGAGAUUUCCAGCGUUCUGGGGACUCAGUUGAGUACAAAACAGUGUGUUCUUCAUUCAAGAAAAUGUAGCUUUGAUUCAGGUUCUGAUUAUCAGCAACACAACUUACAAGUAAUGAACAAAACAUUUGAAUGAGGACAAAUUCUGACUAAACCUCCAAAGAAAUGUGUGAAGAAUUGACUGUAAUACAGCAUUUGCAUAACUAAAGCAUAACUCAAAACCAGUGGGCAUUUAUGUUUUCAUUCAGAUUUUAUGAUAAUUAUGUUAUUUGUUUACGACAUCAUAAGCACUCAUUGCUUCUUCUUUUGGGGAGAAAAGUAGCUGACUUCUCUGAGCAAAAUAACUGACGCAUUUCGUUGGUCGUCGGUGCUUAUUGAAACCCCUGUAGACACCUUCCUUAAAUGGAUGCCCAGAGUUUGUCUCUGCUAAUCUUUAGUGUGGUUCUUUAAAGAGGACACUUACUGCUGGUCGAAAAAGUGCCCAUCAUAGGGAGACUGGACUGCAAAUUCCGUAGAAUUUGCGUUUGCCUUGUACACACGUAGAUAGCCAGUUUUAAGGCGAGGUAAUACAGCGACCAUUAAUUUUGUGAAAAUCUGCAAACUUGCUUGCAAGACAAAAAGUUAGUGCGUAGACAAAGGAGGCUUCCUUGGGCUGCUGCUAAUACAAUGUGAUUGCAUAAGCUUUUACGUUCCAAGGUUAUAACACAGUCACUAAAAUCCUGAUUGAAUAACGUUUAGGAGCAGCUAAUAAGAGAUAAGAAAUACAUGUACUAAGCAGAUUAUGGCAGGUUUACUUGACUACCAAGUUCUCUUUUUAUCACUUUUGUUGUCAUUUUUCAUUGUUAGACAAAGAGAAAUCAGACGGUUCAUCACAAGUUACUGGAUCAGUUAAAGGAUGCCCAAACACAUCUAACCCAUACCACACGUGUGUUGAGUACUGUCGAAAAAGAUAUGGAGAGAAUGCAGUCCCUCCUCCACCAAAAGUAAGGAAAACCGAAAAAAAAAUACAUUUGGGUUAAGUUCCAUCAUAAGUAUUUAAGGCAAGAGAAAUAUCUGCAUAAUUUAUUCUUCAGAUCAUAGGAGCAUGUUUUAUUAUUCAUUCAAAUUGCAUCAUACUUUAGAAACUAGCUGAAACAUGCUUAACUUGUCUUAUGUUGAGUUCCUGUUUUCAUUUGCCUUUUCCUUGGAAAAUUCAGCAUACAAAGGGAGGUUUAGUCCAGCAGAUAUUCCUCAAAUAACAGUUGUCAUCUGUUCUUGCUAAUGAAGUUUUAAGGCAGUAUCGCAUCUACAUGUAUUUCGUCUUUGCAAAGCACAUGAAAUUCCACCAUUUUCGCCAACUAACGUCUUCUAAAAUUGGUUAAGGCUAGCUGGUUAUGUAGAAUUAGCUGGAUUAUUAUUUUGAGCCAAACAGAAAUGGGAAAAUAUUCUGAGAGGACAAUAAUAACCCUUUAGUUAACUUAACUUACUUUAUCUUGCAUCUUGUGGUAAUACUGGCAGUAAUGAUGUUUUUAAUGACAAUAAUUUAGGUGUGCAAUAAUUUAGCUAUCUCGUACUCUCAUAUUAGUCGUUUUGGCUGUAUCCCGGUAGUUACAGUCGAACCUCGAUUAUCCGGACCUCGAUUAUCCAGACUUUUCGAUUAUCCAGACUUGUUUCCCUGGUCUUGUGAUUUUCAUGAAUACAGUGGAACCGCGAUAUAACGAUAUGCCAAGGGAGCAGUGGAAUUAGAUCGUUAUAUCGAGGUAUCAUUAUAUCGAGACUCCCGAUAUAAUGAUAUGACCGUAAAAUAACCGAAAUAUCGUUAUAUCAGGGUAAAAUUAACAUGUACUUUUUUUACUACAUAUGGUUUAAUUAAACUUUUAAUGAGUAUCAAAUGACUCACAAAUGUAGCAUUUCAAGCACGCAGCAAUGUCCUUAAACAAUUUGCAAAGCAUUAGACAUUAUCAAGGUUACACAACAAAGACUGUGGUAUGAAUCGUAAACAAAACAAAACUUAAACAUUUGUAGUUGCGACUGUAAUCGUCUUUUCUUUUCGCUGUUUGCGUGUUCAUUCUUUUUCUUUUUUAACAGACACUUGUUCAUUAAUUAAAGUACUCUUCAAGUUUGGUUUGCCUCAUUUGUUCUAUUUGCAAUCUUGAAAACGCAUCCUCCAUCGCUGAAAGAGAAUACUAAAACUGAAAGAACUAUUCAAUGACAAGGAGGAUGAAGAGGCAUCGUAAACUGAAAGCUGUCAACAGAAACGUUACAGAUUACUGUACUCGAUUACUGUAAUCAUAAUAAUAAUAAUAAUAAUAACUUUAUUAAUCUCCUCAAAAAGGCUUUUCAGCUUAAUUUAUAAUGUCAAAUGGAUAGACUGAAACUCGUCUGGGAGACUAUUCCACAGCCUUUGGCCUCUGAAGGUAAACGCGCGCUGACCUGCAGCCGUCCUACAGAGUGGUAUAUGUAGGCGGUCCCUAUUCCUAGUGUUGCAUUUGUGCACUUCCGAUCUGGUUUUAAACUUCUGACAAAGAUAUGGAGGUGCAAGUCCAUUUAAGCAUUUAAAUACCAUGGUAGCAUGGUAGCAGUAUCUGUGUACUGAUACUGUAAUAUCGUUAUAUCGGGGAAGAUUUUACGCUCGGUGUGCUAAAAAGUCAUCGUUAUAUCGAAGAUCGUUAUAUCGGGGUUCUGUCCCAUACAUUUUACUGUAAUUUUUGCCGGGACAUAGCAUUUUUUAUCGUUUUACCGGGGAUAUCGUUAUAUCGAGGAUCGUUGUAUCGGGGUUCCACUGUAUUAAUAAUAUGUGAUCUUGAAAAAUUGAAAUGAUUAGAAGUUUUUUAAUCCUUGUUUGUUAAGAACACUGUUUUUAAUCUGUUUCGCUUUGAAAAAGUGCGAGAUGCACAAGAUGAACAAUUAUUCCGACAGAUGCAUUCAGCUGAAUUCUGAUUGGCUGAAUUGUUGUGUUGCUAAGGAAAUGUCAUACUUGAUUCUUUGUGGGUUACAUAAUCACAAGACCAAUCGAUCGUAAACUCAAAUCACAGCCAUGUCUACAAAACAAAAGCAGUCUGUUAUCUCAAUAAAGGAUAAGCAAACGAUUAUUUCACGUUUGGAGAAUGGAGACAAAGAACAAAUUUAGCACUUGAGUUAAAAAUCAGCAAGUAGCAGAUCAGAGAUAUAAGCAAAAACAAGGAGAAGAUCCUGAAAUUCACCAACAGCAUCGAGAUGAGCGAUGGAUUGAAACGAAAGUCCCUGACGGUUGCAAAUGAUGAGCAGCUGGAUAAAGCAACAUUGACCCUACCCAAAUAAUGCAGCUUUGACAAAUGAUAGACUUUGCUAUGCAAUCAUGGUAAUUUGUUAAAAUAAACUACAGCAUAGUAUGCUUGAACAUUUUAGAGUGCUGUAAAUACACGAACAUCUGAAACAGUACCUUUUUUGUAAAUACGUAACAUACAGACCAUACAUAAAUGCAAGUGGAGCUAAUUCAAAAUUAAAUUUUGUUUUCUUUAUUCCCUAUUUUUACAUUAUUGUCUCAUUAUAUUCAUAUUUUCGUUAUUGGGACUCUGGAUUAUCCAGACUAUUUACUCAAGUCUCAACUGUCCUGAUAAUCGAGUUUCAGCUGUAAAGGCUUUCAAUUGCUUGCUUCAGCAUACAGAUAUACAAGUAGUAUUCCUGUCAUGGGUGCUUCAUGUUAAAUCAAGUCAAGGUAAAAGGCCAAGGAGGUUUAAAUGGCCUGGAGAUUGCUAUGGUUUCUAUUGUAUGAAACUCGUGGGAGAAUUACCCUUUUGUAAGACCCCUACGGCAGUUAGAGUAAACACAAAGGAGGCUCCUUAGUGGUGUUGAUAAGUGCAUAAGCCUUUAAGUGCCAAGAUUAUAACAUAGUAACUUAAAUGGCUGAUGCUUGCUGUGGUUUUUGUAGCAUGAAACAGCUUUGAGAACUCCUACCCGUCUUAUAGGUUUACCUUUUAUGCCCCAUGGUGCUAAAAGACAGUAUUUAAAGAAACAAAUCUUCUUGUCUAGGAAAACAAUGCAAGGGUGUAAAAGCACAAGUACACUGAAACACUUGAACCUGGUCCUCCAGAGGACCAGGGCCUAGUUUGAUACAUUAAUUACCAGUUUUAGAAUCCAGAACACCAUGGGUUAUUCCUACUGAGGUAUUGCUUUAUAGCAGGUGUUAGUCUUGUCUUUAACUGCACAUGUCAUUAUUCUUCUUUUGUUAUUGCAGGACUACAAUACUGUUCCCCUACCUGUUGGGUGGUAUCUAGUGCCAGACCCUAACAGGCAAGUGCACACUGUAGAAGAAUUAUUGUUAAUGUGUGAAGUACAAAAUGUAGGAAGAGGGUGUCUCAUCAUUGUUUUGCAUAACUCAUUAAUUUUUUGUUUGAAUAGAGCAAUUUUCAAUUGAGUGUUGAAAGUAAUCCAGGAUUGAAUUGGUUUUGCUUUACUGUGCUGUUUGAUUGGUCUAGAAAACUCUCGCCACCCUCUCGGCCAAUCAGAUGCAAACUAAAACCAAUCACUCCUUGGUCACUCGCGUUUUCCUGCGCUACAGGCCGGUUACACGCGUUUACUUCGAGUUGCCAUUGGCUCCCUCUGAUAAUUUCCUUUACUCUGAUUGGCCGUUGUGAUUACUUUGGUUUUGGUUUUCGACACUCAAUUGAAAAGCGCUCUAUAAAGAAAAAACAAAGCAAAUUACCACCUGACUUUAAAGGAGCCUUGGAAUUUUGAAAAAAAAAUACCAUAAAAGCCGUGCACACUUAAGCUUUUUGUUUAAUAAAAUAGAUAAUAAUUAUUGUUAAUUUGAGAGGUAACAUACACUUGAGGUAUGAUUAUAAGAGAUAAAAGACCUAAGCUAAACACUCAAGCAGACUCCAUCCAUGAGAAACUCUUUUUAAUUGUCGUUUGUCCAUUUUCACACUUUCUUUUUCUAAGAAUAUUUCCACAAAUCAUGUUAAUCUCUUAUCUUUUGAUAAUGAUGACAUGAAGCCAUCGAAACAUCAAGUUUCUUUUCUUUUUAUUAUUAAGAGCUGUUUGUACCAACUUGAUAGGCAGCAAGCAAAGGUGGUCUACCAACCUCCGCAGUGCCUUUUUUUUGUCAAUCCAGCCUUCAGUGUCAAUGCAAAUUAAGUUUUAAACAUGUGUUGUAAAUACUUUUAGGUGGUGCAAGUUUGAUUGCCUACUUUAUUAUCUUGAGUAAAAUGUAGAUUCCAUUGGGUGAAAGUCAAGUGCAUUUCAAAAUUUUGUUGGAGAUUGUACCUCAGGGAGUUAAAGUGUUUAUACUUGUCUAGACUAAACUUUUUGUGUGGUUGUUUCUCUUAUCACCUCUGUUUUUAAAAUAUGGUUUCUAACCUCACUCAUUGAUCCCUAGUGUUGUCUGUGAUACAACCUGUAUCCUCAGUUGUCCAUCAUGGUACCAAGCAGCUGCUAUGCUGUCUAAUCAUGGGCAUCCAUGUCUCUGGAUUCUUAAUUCUGUUCUCUCUACUGAACUUAUGUGGAUAGCCACUAUCUAAGUACUAGUGAGGGUCUCUGUCAAUAAGCUUACAUGUAACAUCAUCCCAUUUAGCAAAUAGUGCCUGGUCUUACAUGUAUUAGCAUGUUAUCAGUGCUUCUAAGUUUUUUUGGUAAUUUAAAGAAUAGUAUUUCAAGAUGGCUUAGCUUGUGUAUUUGUGAAAUCAGUACCCUCACUAUGAUUUCUUCAUGAUGACAACCAAACUAAGCAAGAAUCAAAAUAUACCCAACAUUAUCAGGAUACAGCUCCAGAAACACCUAAAACUGAAUUUUCAAAAUUGUGUGAUUUGAUUUCUUUUGUUGGUCAACUGUGGUUAUGAAUGUAAGUUACAUGGGAUAAUAAGAAAUAGAAAUAUUCACAUUUCCUUCCUUUUGCAGUGGUUCAAAUUAUUACUGGAACACAAUAACGAAUCAAGUAUCUUGGCAUCACCCACUCAGUAAGUAGAAAAACUAAAUCAAAAGCUUUAAUGAAAUGUUAACCCCAUGUGUAUCAGCAAUGGUCUCUAUUCAUUUGGUUAAAGAGAAUUUGUGAGAUUAGUUGAUAGAGCUGGGUUUUUAGUGCCAAUAGGCACUAGAACCUUUAGACACUUUAAUAAAGGUUAUGUAAUGUGUAUUUAUGUACCGGUAUGUAUAUAUGUAUGUAUAGAGCUCUUUGGUAAUUGACCACUCCAGAAAAUACCAUAACAUACCAUAAUGCUCUUUGUUUGUCACCCCAAAAUUUUGCAUAAGCAUUGUUUUCAAUUUCUCUUGGGAGUUAAAUGACCCCAAGAGAAACUGAAAACAUUGCUUAUGCAAAAUUUUGGGGUGACAAAGGAGAAGCAUUAUGGUACAGCUGUAUGUUAUGGUAUUUUCUGGAGUGGUCAAUUAUGCUGGUACAGUGGAACCUCAAUAUACCUCGAAGUCCUGGGUAUAGUGAAUGAUUUUGUUUACCUGAGUAAUAGUAAAAUAAUUUAUAUGGAAAAGAACCUCACGGAAUUUAAAGAUUUGUUUCUACAGAGGAAUUCGGGCUGCAGAAGAAAUGAGAACGUUAUUCUUCCAAGACCACAAACAAAUUUUAUCAUGAACUCCAUACGCGUUAGAGGAGCAAUCGCAUGGAACAGCUUAACGAACAAGGAAAUAAGGACUAAAAGCUUGAAAGAAUUUAAACACCAUCUUGUAAAAUUUGAUACUGAUAAAAUGAAUUUCGUACCUCUUUUAGCUACAACUAAAAAUAGAGAUUUUGGUUACGAAUACUUUUAACAGUUUUAAUUUCUAAUUGUACAUUUUCACAACCUAUUAAUUUUAGCUACAACUAACAACUGAAAUAUCAGUUACAAACAUUUUUAACAGUUUUCAAUUUUUAAUCAUACAUUUGCUUUCAGUACUCCUUAUUUUUCUUGUAAUUGUUGUAUGCACGACCCCACCAGCAAUGCUGAUCUUUUUAUCAUGCUAAAAUAAAGUUCUUACCUAUAAUUAAAUUCAUUGUAGAGAACGAACUGGACCAUAGGCACUUUCUUAUAUCGAGGUUUCACUGUAUUUCAUAAAUUAUACUGUAUGUAAUCAUUAGGGAUUAGAGAACUUAAAUGCUGCUAAUGGUCCUCAAACCUUCUGAACUGUGGCCUGUUUUUUUUCAAAUUUUUGUUACUUAAGUUCAAGUUCAAGUUAAUUUAUUCACACUUAUUCAAUUACAAUACAACAACAAAAAGAAAAAAAGAAGAAGUAAAAACAGAGCUGACUAUACAUAGAAUUAAACAUAACAAAGGAAAAGGUGUGUAGCAGCCAAAAGAGCCAAGCUUUCGAGUUGGGUACUAAGAGAGAAGUUGCCUGCCAUAACAUUGCUGCAAACUGUUCCCAAAAGUUAUUUUGAUGUCUAUGAACGAGCAACAUGUCACCUUCCUCAUAUUAUCAGAUUUAAGUGUAGCUUUUCACACGAUACAACUGUACAUCAUGAUAAGCUGAUUGGUCGCCUUGAGUCUGAUUUGGGACUAACUGACAAUGUGCUUGCCUGGUUUAAAUCGUAUCUAUCUGACCGGUUCCAGUGUGUCUUUGUAAAUGUUAGUCUCUCCGAUCAGUUUCCUUUAAAACAAGGUAAUAAAAAAAUGUCUUUAUUAAAUGUACAAGUAAAAAUGCAUACCAAUAUUUACAAGUUUAAUAUCAUUGGUUAAAAAGUAAAAGUAUAUUUAAAAUACAUUUUUUUUAAUAAAACUAGCUUUAAAGCGUUCCGUGUUAACACAGGGUAGUAGGUUUGUUUGAGUUCUCAUACGUUUUGAAGAUUCUUUAACUCUGGGCGACAAAUUAUACAGCGGAUGAGUAGGUAGGCAACUAAUCUUCUUGGAGAUUGACCUGUCUGUUUUUUCAAGCAAAUCGUAUAUUUCUAUAGCAUAGGAUAUAUAACGGCGUUUACGACAUCUGCGAAGGAACUGGUGCACAGUAUUAAGUUCAGGAACGGAGGCUGCAUACACCGGUAAACCAUACGAAAUAGUAGAUACAGCCGUAAAACUAAAGACUGAAAAAAUGGUCAAUUUUCACUUGGUUAUAUUCUUUUUUCCUUAGACUCCUUAACACUUAGAGGCACUUAUUCGCUUCGGAGAGUUUUCGUUUAAUGUUUUUAAGGUGUUCCUUAAGGUUCAUGUUUGGGCCCCUUGCUUUUCAAUACCUACAUGCCCAAACUGUUUCAGAUCGUUGAACGCCACCUCCCACAAAUCCACUGCUACGCGGACGACACACAGUUGUAUGUAUCAUUCAGCCCUAAUCGAUCUGCAGAUGCUGAUUUUGCCAUCAAGUCCAUGACUGACUCACAGUAUCAGUGAUAUUAGGAGUUGGAUGAAUUCAGAUAAUCUUAUGUUAAAUGAUGAUAAAACAGAAUUUUUAAUCUUAGGCACUCGGCAGCAGCUGACAAAGUUCAACAUCAAUUGCAUUAGGGUUGGGUCGACUGAUGUUUGUCCUGUAACAGUAGCUAGAAACCUACAUGUAGGCUCAUGGUUUGAUGAGCAGCUCACCACAGUGUAUGUCAACUCAUAUUGUGGGGUUGCCUUUUACCAUUUGCAUAAUACCAAGCGCAUUCGCAGGUACUGUAUUUGUCUCGAGAAUCAACGCCAGGAAUGCUUGUCCAUGCAUUGAUUACAUCUCGUGUUGAUUAUUGCAACAGUCUUUUGUAUGGGCUGCCCAAAUACCAGCUUAACAAUUUGCAGAGACUUUGAACGCCCCAACAUGCGCCUAGGUUUUGCCACAUCUCAGCCCUUGUGCGUGGUCUGCAUUGGCUACUUGUUAAAGCCUGGAUACAAUUUAAGAUACUGCUUAUUACGUUUAAAGCAAUUCACGGCCUUGCCCCUAAAUAUUUAUGCGAUUUACUAACAUUUAAAUCGUCUUUAUAUAACCUUAGAUCUUCAGGUAGUAUUUUACUUUCUAUGCCAGCUGUUCGAUCGAAGACUACGUCGGGUGACAGAGCUUUUAUGGUAGCAGUGCCAACGCUCUGGAACUCUCUUCCGAAAGAACGUCGUGCGAUUACUAAUGUGAACAGUUUUAAGGCGCAUAUCAAGACUUAUCUUUUUAGAACUGUAUAUUGGUGAUCAAUUUUAUAUUCAGUUACUUACUUGCAUGCAUAUAUAUUCUUUUGAUUGUUAUUUUUUAAAUGCAUUUUUUGGUUGGUUUACUAGUAAAGUAAUGCAGUUGUAAUGCACAGCUGAUCAUUCUCAUGUUAAGUUGUGCGCAAUAAGUUCAUAAAUUAUUAUUAUUAUUAUUAAAGAUUAAUGUCAUAGGUAUCAUAAGCAUUACAUAAACUGCUACUUUUGUAGAUCCAGCAGCAGAAAUAACCACACCGGCAUCUGUGGUCAACAGUCAAAAAGGUAUGCUAUUUCAGCUUGUGCGCCUGCCUCAAAUAAGUGCCCCCCUCUCCUACCCUAGACUUUCUCCAACGUUAAGGCUAUUACAAGAAAAGCCCCUGCAAUUCCUUUUAUCUCUAUCUUGUCCAAUUUCUUUAAUUUCAGCUACACUGGCACAUAUAGGAGAAUGGUUUCUUCUCCAUGAAAUCAAUUCCAAUGGCUUUCACUUCUUUGGGCUUGAAGAGUUUCUUUUUAUGCAUUAUUCUUUAAUUUUUCGCUACGACUGCAUUCUUUUUGAAUGCCAAAAAACUUGUCAGGCACUAUUGGACCAUUAUCUAUGUCGCCAAUAAAAUUAAAAAAUUCAAUUAAAAAAAUGUCAGCAAUUCAGCUUGUUUAUCCCGGGUAGUUGCAGUAAACUUCUUUUCAAAGCACAUGACACUAUAGCUUUGCUCUAGAGGUGUGUUCUGGAAAUACCUAGCAUGAAGUAAUCCGUGCUCAUGCUUUGAUAAAGCUCUCGAGAUGAAGAUAAGAUGCUUUAUUUUUCUUGGUGCUUCGCACCUCACUGUGUCGACUUCACUAUGACCCAUUAGCAAUUAGACAAGGACAAAUAACGUCUGGUUCCCAUUUUGACUUUUUCGUUCAUGUUCGGAGUAAGUUGGUACUUGAAGAAUUCCGCAUCAGACACUUGAUCAGGGCGGGACUUGAACUCGAGGCCUCCGAAUUUUAAGUCCAGCGUGCUAACCACUCAGCCACUCUUCCUCCUUUUUCCGCUCGGUCACGCUGCCUAUUGAAACGGGUUUUGAAGUUCGUAUUUAGGAGGAUCAGCAGUGUAACAAUCCUCUUUGAUGCUCAUAUGCAUGCUAUGUAGGACCAUACCAAGACAAGAAUUCUUAUUAAGGCAAUAUCGGAAAAAAAUAAUGUCAUUUCUUGUCCUAGCCAUACUAUUUUUUUAUAAGGCAUACACAGAAACUACAACAUUUAUGUGCCUCAGUUGACCCUCUCCCGACUACAGAGCUGACAGGAUAUCACACAUUGUUUAACUAAUUACCAAGUGCGAUAACAACAGAAUAAUCUUUUCUCUGGUGACUUUAUGUUAGCCAAAAUUAUCUGAUUUAAAUGACAGUGCAUUAUUGCUUUGUUUCAAGACACUGAAGUUCAACCCAAUAGAGAGAUCUUAGCCCCUCCUGGUGUGGAGUCUGAACAGGAUAAAGAGCAAGUACUAAGUAUUGGUAAACACCCUAGUCUAAUGAAGGUAAUGAACUAAACAGCUAGAAAUAUAAAGGCCUAUAGUAGGAAGGAAAGCGUAAUGAAUUACCGAGGGUUUGUUUUAAAAUACAGUGUUUUAUUUAGUGAGUAAAUGAAAUAAAGUGACACUUAUUUGUCCGUGUAACUCUGUAAGCUUACAUACAAACCUGAUAUGAACAUAUUCCUCUUGUUAUAUAGUAAUUCAUGCAAACAUGUUAUAUAUGUUUGCAGGUGAUGUAUUUAUGUGUGAUUUGAAUUUGAAUAUAGUUGCAAAACAACCAAGAACCUUUUAGUGUGGAUUUUAUCCCUGUCAUUGGGAACCAAAAUUCCUAGUUUCCGGUGUGAAGACAAUGGAAAUAUCACAUUGUUGUUAUUUUAUUUACUUUAGGGUAACACAUUGGUUUUAUUUCUUUACUCAGAUUAUAUAUAUCAUAUCUUUUCUCACGUCAUAUUUUGUUCUUUAAUUGCCCCCGCAGGGAUUUCGCCCAGAGGCGAAAUCCCGAGGAGGCAUCCUAGUAACUCGCGCGUAUAUUAAGGACAGUACUUACAGUUCAAAUAUACUGUCAGUAUACUAGAAAAAAUCUCGAUUUGCUGGAACUGGGGCCGCGAGGAAUCGGUAGGUAAUGAUGACGUUUCUAUUGUUUGCGCCCGCAAGUACGAAAUGGUUAGGAUGACGUAAAGACAGAAAAUCCCGAAGGGACCGCUCAGUUAGAUUUUGUGACAUUUAUUGUGCAGUCACAUUUCGAUACUCUUUUGCGUUACGAAGUGACAUUCUGUGGAGCAGUUGUUUUGAAAGUUAUGGACCAAAAGACAGUCGUUAAGAGCAGUGGGGGUUAUAAGGUGCGUUUAACUGUGUAUAUACAAACACUUGGAGAGUUUACCAGACACGAGUUCACAAAUCUUUGAUUUAUAUUGGAAACCUUGCCAGACACUGUUUCUCUCUCUUUGACCGGAAUAAGACUCAGCCCCAAACAAGCAAGACAAGUGAACAACGGCUAGCUUAUCACUAGCAGAUUGAUGGACAUUUACAGAAAUUCACCGACAAUCAAAUUCUGUGCUGACUUAUUCCCUGCUCACAGAUGUCCUUCCGUUAUAAAGUUUCGAAUAAGACUAGAAUGCGCUAGCGUGAAUCGAUCAAACGUCCUUUUAAUUUCUAAGGUUACUUUCCGGCAAAUAAAAUGAACUGAAUGUAAAAAGGGAAAGAGAAAUAGCGAAAAAUUCAACUUCUUAAUAAAUCUUUUCUUAUGGUUUAGAAUAAACUAUUCUCGAAACUGAGAAUGUUUUGAUCAAAGCUGUGUAAAUCGAGCUGAAACUGUGCAUGGAACCUUGCGUUUCCUGUAUUUAUCUCACCUAUUUUAUGGAAUAUGUGUGAAAUUCUUCAUUAUGAAUCGGUAUAUUUCAAAGAGCUACACAAGGAGCAAAAAUACUAUAUACAGAGUGGGGGCAGCUGUAGUGUCAACUAUUACUAGUACUUUAUUAGGAUAAUAAAUCUCACAUUGGUUUCAUUUCUUUACUUUAGGAUACUUAAUCUCACAUUGGUUAUAUUUCCUUACUUUAGGGUAAUUAAUUUGACAUUGGUAUUUUUCCUUUACUUUAGGGAUCGCAAAAAAGAAAACAAGAGAAAGGUAUUGAUGAAUUGGUGUUCAUGUAAUGCGAUUGGAAUAUUUUAAAAGCCGAGAAAGUGCUGCUAAUAAUAACUGUUGUUAGUAUAUACUAAAACAGUGGAUAGUGUUUUUCGCGCGCUCUGAUUCAGCAGCUUAUUCAGUGAAUAUCCUGCACUAUUCACUGAUUCACCUCCAGUUCCUCAGAGCGAGCGACGCCAAACUCACGUAAGUUGCGAGCAAAAUACCUUUCCGGUUUGCUGCCGUAACAAACAAAGAAAUUUCAAAACUAAUCAAGUAAGCUGUUCCCGAAAUAUACGAAGAAGGUGACGAAGUUCGGUUUGGAAGUUUUAAGAGGGAAAGCUUUGUCUUUUUGACUUGAAUUUAUCGAUAAAACCGGUGAAAAAGUUUUUUGUUUACGAAUGCAAAUUUCGAAAGUCUUUCGUUACUUUAUAUAGUUGACUUGUUCAUAAAUAAGCUUAAAACUAAAUUCAAUAAUCUUUUUUACCGAAUGAUUUUAAAUAAAAAAAGAAUUCACAACUCCUUUUGAAGAAAUUUCCCCGCAAGAGCUAAACAAAUGCCUUCAAAAGGUUUAUUUGUCGGCAAGAAAAAGCGACGAUCGCGGCCGUUCGGUCAUUGCGCGCCAAAAUGUAAUCGUUGGCAACAGUAAAUGAGUUAAAAAUGAUUUUUUUGUGCUCUAUUAUCUCACUGUUUUAGUAUAUACUAAAAGAAUUAUUCACCUCAGUGUCGGUGGCUAGUGGUGGUUACUUACGUCGCCGCUUCGCGGCCUCGGUAAAGGGUACCACUAGCCACCUCCACUUCGGUGAAUAAUUGUUAUUUAUUGUCUUUGUAGACUUAAGAGCUGAGAAGCGUAAGAAGUCCGCUGAGGAAGUCGACCCAAUGGACCCAGCAGCUUAUUCAGAUGCUCCAAAGUAUGAAGAAUCUAGUUUGUUGCAAUUUAUUUGGUUCAAAUAUCAUGUCGCUUUCACACCAUCGGAAAUUUCUCAAUUUUAAUUUAGCAGGGUAUCUCCCAUAAAGCGAGCCUCCUUAGUCUGUCCAGUUUUUUUUACGGAAUUCAAACUAUAGAAACUUCCUUCCAAAAUAUCUCGAUAACGCUCUCGUAGAUUCCGCUUUAACGUCUUGAACAUCGAGAUUGCAAUUGGAGGAAAAAACUCCAGCUAACGUUUUUUUAAAAAAAAAAAUCCUCCCAGUACCGAGCAAUACGGUUGCAAUCAAAGAUUAGAGAAUGUCCUCAUUUCGUUGCUAUGACGACUCCGAUGUCAUCGUAACACUGAUCAUAAAAAAUUUUCUUCUUUAUCUAAUACAGCUGUGGUAGUUAUUUUUUCAAAUCUUUGUUUAUGUCGACGUAGUUUAUGCUCAAACUUGGAAGGUAUUGUCCCUGAAAAACCCGGCCUAUCCAUCCAGCCACCUUGUACCUUCUCAAACUCUCUAAUAAUCUGAAGAGAAAACAAAGGAGACCCCUACCGCUAAGGAAGUCUGCUUUUCAAAAUCUAUUUACUCCAAUUUUUUUGAAAUUUAGCUUGAAAUUUCUGCAAAAACUAUUCGUCAUUUAAGCAGCUAUAUCAUUCACUAGUUCAGGAGUGUUUCAUCCUGGCGAUAUCCAGAGGUAUCAAAGGUUAGUCUGACUUGAAAUAUGUCGGUAACAUCGUUAAGCGCGAAACUUUCAAAUGAAAACUACCGAAUAUAGUACAAGAUUGUUCCUCCUUAUUAGACUGUACCUUCCCGUCUCACUGUUGCGUUAAAUGUGUAUUGGUACCAACCAACUUCUUUACAUUGCAUAAAAGUUGCUUUGAGGCUCAAUGGAUGGUAAAAAUAUAUUUUGCUGUUGUUGUUUUAUGUUAUGACAUCUGUGUUGCAGGGGAACAUGGACGACUGGGUUAAUAAAGAAAGGAGAAGCUAAGACUGGUGUAGACACAACAGCCAAUGGACCACUGUUCCAAAUGAGACCAUAUCCUAGUCCGGGGGCAGUACUAAGAGCCAAUCAACAACUGGCACAGAAAUCCACAGUGGAAGCUAGUGAAUGAAUAUGAACUUAAAUAGCUAGCAAACUGAGCUGACGUACCGGAGAUCACCAUCACUUGAUAGGGCUGAGAGCGAUGCCAUACCAUUGCUCAUUGCAAACAGUCAUCAUCGUACACUAGUUUUAAAAGCCAUUUUGUCACAAGAAUCCGGAUGUUCAUCUUUUCUUUCGUCUUAAACUCUGUUAGAUUUACCUACUAAAAAUUCAUCUUGAUAAUGCACUAAAUGAUUUAAAAACCGUGAUUAAGGAAAUUACGUGAAGACGUUUUUUCUUGGUAGACUUAUCCAGUGCAAAUGGCAAAACCUGAAAGCACGCGGGUU